AUGUCGGCCUUAAGUUAUGGACCAAAUGUCCUUAAAGAAUUUAUAAAUAACAGAUUUCAGAACAAAGAACCAUGGCAAAUAGUUUCUAUAACAAUGACAUCAGUCUUGACUUUUAUCUGGCUUUGGGAUUUUCUUGCUCAAGAUGAAAGUUUGAUGUCAAGAACUAGAAAAAUGGUAUUCAGAUUAUGUCGUAAAAUUCCGUUUAUUUCCAAUAAAAUUGACCAAGAGUUGGGAAAGAUAUCUGAUAAAUUUGACAAGGAUGCUGAGGAGAGAUUUAAAUCACUGCCUUUUUUCACCCAACUUCCUUCUGAAGGAAUGAAGGAAGAAGAAAUAAUGAAUCUAAUUAAAGAAUACCUUAGUUGUGGUCAAUAUCAGUGGAAAGAAGGGUUCGUUUCCGGUGCAGUUUAUUUCGAUCCAGAAAAUAUGCUUAAUCUUUUAAGUAAAGUUUAUGCAACCACUUCCUACACCAAUCCUCUUCAUCCAGAAGUGUUCCCUGGUAUUUGUAAAAUGGAAGCUGAAGUUGUCAGAAUAGCAGCCAAUUUAUUUCAUGGUGGGCCUGAGUCUUGUGGAUCUAUGACAACUGGUGGAACUGAAUCAAUCCUCAUGGCUUGUAAAGCAUUCAGAGAUUACGGAAGAAAUGUAAAGGGUAUUAAAAAACCACGAAUGGUAAUACCACGUACAGCUCAUCCAGCAUUUGAAAAAUCAGCAAAUUAUUUAGGUAUAUCAAUCUGCUAUGUAUCUACAGAUCCAAUAACAACCUGUGUUUCCAUAAGUGAGAUGGAGAAGGCUAUUAACCGGAACACUAUUAUGUUAGUAGGAUCUGUACCAUCUUAUCCUUAUGGGGCUAUGGAUGAUAUAAAAAGCAUAGCAUCCCUUGGUGUGAAGUAUGAUAUUCCUGUACACGUUGAUUGCUGUCUGGGUGGUUUCUUAUUAGUAUUUAUGCCUGAAGCUGGAUUUGAACUUCCUCCUUUUGAUUUUCGAGUUCCUGGAGUAACAAGUAUAUCAGCCGACACUCAUAAGUACGCUUACUGCCCCAAAGGGUCAUCGAUCGUUCUUUAUUCUCAUCCCAAAUACCGACACGAACAAUAUUGUAUUACAACAGAUUGGCCUGGUGGUAUUUAUGGAUCUCCUACUGUGGCUGGUUCCCGAGCUGGCGGCGUUAUUGCUACCUGUUGGGCUACUUUAAUACACUUGGGAAAAAAUGAGUACAUAAAAGCUACAAAAAAAGUGAUCGAAACUGCCAGAUUUAUUGAAGAUGAAUUACGAAAAGUAAAUGGUAUAUUUAUCUUUGGAAAACCUGUUACAUCUGUCAUAGCUGUAGGAUCCAAUGAUUUCCAUGUAUUCCGUCUCAUCGAGAAACUAAAUGAAAAAGGAUGGAGUGUGAACCCCCUACAGUUUCCUGCUGGGUUUCAUAUUUGCCUUACUCAUGUGCAUACUCAAGAUGGAGUAGCUAAACGCUUUGUUGAUGAUGUCAAAGAGGCUGUCACUGAAAUUAUGAAAGAUCCCCGAAUGGAUGUUGAAGGAAAGAUGGCUAUGUAUGGUAUGUCCCAAGGCAUUCCUGAUAGAUCUAUUGUCGGCGAUUUCACCCGUUUCUUUUUAGACACCAUGUAUUAUACUCCAAAACCUGUUGUUACUCCUACUUUGAAUGGUUCUAAAAAAUAA